GAUGCAGACAGCGCGCUUGGGAGUGACAUGUCGUCAUUGAACGCUUCUUUGGCGUCUAGCAUUUAUAAUUACACGUAUGAGAAUGGAAGACGAUAUCAUGCAUACAGAGAGGGAGAAUAUUUAUUUCCAAACGAUGAAUCCGAGCAAAAUCGACUAGACAUGCUUCACCAUAUCUUCAAACUUGUCCUGGGAGGAAACCUCUUCAAAGCGCCCAUCAAAGAACCGUUACAACGGGUUCUCGACUUCGGAACUGGGACAGGAAUUUGGGCAAUCGAACUGGCAGAUGAGAACCCAGCAACACAAGUACAAGGCACCGAUCUCAGUCCCAUCCAACCAAUAUGGGUUCCGCCGAACCUAAAGUUCGUUGUUGACGAUUGCGAAUCCAGCUGGCCCGAGGAGGACCACUCAAACUAUGACUUUGUUCAUGGCCGCAGCAUGUCUGGCAGUGUUGCCAACUGGUCUGCUCUUUUCACUGAAGCCCUCCAGGCUUUGAAACCUGGCGGUUGGCUCGAGAUGCAGGAAUUUGAUGUCUGGUUUAGAUCCGAAGAGGGUGAGUUGCCAGCGGAUUCGAAGAUAGCGGAGUGGCAAAGCUAUUUGGACCAGGCGAGUUUGAUGUUUGGUAAACGGCUCAAUGUCGCCAAUGAGUUCAAGGAAAAGAUGAUUGAGGUGGGUUUUGAGGAUGUGAGAGAUGAUAUUAUCAAGGUCCCAAUUGGAGCCUGGCCAAAGAAUCCUAGAUUGAAAGAGCAAGGAAGAUGGUUGCAAGCGCAGAUGCUGGACUCCAUUGAACCCAUCAGUCUUGGAUAUUGUUCUAGGAUUUUGAAAUGGAGUGACGCGAAGACUCAAGUCUUUAUGGCUGGAGUUCGGAAUGAGUUUUUGAAUAACAAAACGCAUCUCUUUGUUUAUUGUCAUUUUAUAUAUGGAAGAAGGCCAGGUGUGCAAAGAGACGACGAGUCUUACUAUUCACACGAAGGCUCAACAGGAGUCAGGGUAGUCUUUGCUCUGAUCGGAGUUGGGAAUGUGCUCGGCACAAUAAAAAGAAUAGUUUGCAUAUCUUUUCAAACCUAUCUCAGUACAUUACAAGAUAGAGAAGCACAAGUCUCAACCUCACACCUCUACCUUCGUCUCACUCCAUGA